GGCACCUAGCCUAAUAGAGAGCACGAUGACUCUACGGAAAUAUCUUUUAAGAGGAGCAGCGGGGACGUUGCGCUUCUCCAGUCUCGUGAGUUUUAUCCCGGCGGGUUCUCCCAGCGGUGUCUACCCUGUCACCACCCUCUUCACCGAUCCCUCAAGCAUAUGACAUGUCGACAAUGCUUUCGUCCUCCUUACCCACCAUGCUUACGUCCUUCCAGCCCCGGCCUGGCCUGCUUGAAUCGCCCCGGGCCCUGUUCAACACCUCCCAUCUGAAGGGAGAGCGACGAGUCUACAAGGAGGAGACGACCACCGCACAGUCUCUUCCUUUAAAGCACCGAAUCCCCCACGGAACAUGGGAUACGCAUAUGCACGUCGUGGAACCGCAGCGGUUCCCAGUCUCUGCCAACGCUGUCUAUCAGCCUCCAAAGCACACCGUCGAUGAAGCCAUGACCUUCGAAUCCACCCUCGGCAUCGGAAACAUCGUCCUGGUCCAGCCAUCCAUAUACGGCACAGACAAUUCUUGUCUUCUUGAAGCACUCAGAAAUGUCGGACCUUCUCGCGGGCGAGGAGUGGUGGUCAUCGAUCCGACCAACAUAGACACCAAGACCCUGGAGGAGUGGCAUGCCCUAGGUGUGCGUGGUGUGCGAGUGAACCUGAAGUCGGUGGGAAAGGUGCUUAGCGAGGAGGAGCUGACAGAGACACUACUGCAACACGCACAAGUAGUGCGGCCUUUCGGUUGGACUAUCCAGGUCUAUGUAUCUCUGGACAUGGUGCCGAUGCUGGAGAACGUUGUGCCACAGCUAGGAGUCAAGCUGUGCAUCGACCAUUUCGGAGGCCCAGACCUGUCAACAAUCGAUCACGACGAAACACCUUUCGAUCCUUACACCCUCCCGGGAUUUUCCUCGUUAAUAUCGCUGCUCCGUGCCGGAGAGACCUACGUCAAGAUCUCCGCCCCCUACCGUCUCAGCAAGGAUGAAGAAUUCCGCGAUCUCGAAGCGAUGGCUCGAGAGUUUCUUGAAGCCGCACCCAACCGUGUCAUAUAUGCCACGGACUGGCCGCAUACACGAUUCUCAGGGGUGAACAUCGGACCAUUUACAGAAAUCUGCCUACGGAUAUGUGCGAACGAGCCAGGGUUGGCCGAGCGGGUAUUUCGACACAAUGCAGAAGAAAUGCUAGAUGGGAUAUAAGGACCAUCUACAUGAGUAGCCCCCUAAUCAGCCCUCACCCCUUAUUACGAGUUACGACCACCAUAGCAUACCAAAAAUAUAAUGACAGAAUUUUCCAC